AUGAGCGUUAUCUCGACGUACAGUCCUAAACUUAUGUACCCAUAUGAUGCAAGAGUUGACAAGGAAACUGGUGCGAAAGUUGAAUUUAGGAGUAAAUGGGUAUAUUUAGGCGUCAGUUUAUGGCUUUGUCCAAAAGAGAACACACCGCUUUAUGAUAAGCUAUCAACUUUAAUGGGAAGUCUUGCGACGUUAUUCCCUGGUCAAGCACCAAAGUUUGACCCUCAUAUAACCAUCACAAGUAAUAUAAAGAUAGAUUUGAACAAUCCUCAUGAUGAUGUGGACAAAAUACUUUCAGCAAGCGCAACUGCCCUCAAUUCAUUACCCCAGAAUCAUUCGCCUUUAAUUACCUUGGGAAGAGUUAAUAGUCAACGUAAAUUUUUCAAAAAAUUGUAUUUUCAAGCAUCAAAAGAUCCAAACUUACUUUCGUUCACAAGGAUUAUGAGAGAGCUUUUUGUGAUACUACCUUCUAAAAUAGACAUUGAGAAUCAGAAGGUCAAUCCUCACUUAUACACUAAGGAUAAUCACGGUAAUAGCAUCAAAAGAAGACCUCUGAAGAAAGGAAAACAUUCUGAACUGAUUGAGACAAAACCUUUAGAUAUGGAAAGAUUGAAUAGAGAAGCUGCGGAAGAAGCGGCCCAAUGGAUUAAUGAAUUUGACCCCCAUUUAUCUUUAGCCUAUAGUGAUAUCUACCCCAUCGAUAAUGCUUUAUGGAGAACAAUCAAGACCAGAAUUCAAGAUUAUUUAAAUAUUGAUGAUUGUGAUGCUGAAGAUUUGGUCGAUAACGGAUUAUCUUGGGAUGGAGGUGUAUUAAAAUUAGUUUUAACUGAAGGUGAUGUUAAUGACUGGAUAGUUUUAGGACGUGUAGAUUUACAUUAA